AUGCCAACCGCAAAACGCAAACAAAUCAAAUCAUCAUCGGAAGGAAAUAAAAGAAAGGCAACUUCAUCUUCGGAAGACAAGUCCGAGUCGAACACUGAUGCUUCAUCACCCAUAAAACCAUCAAGAGAUGAUGGUGUGUGCUUGGAGAAGCCUUCCAUCAGCGAGAUUUUGUCCAAUUUUCUGAUGGUGAAUUAUGAUCACUUGCAGGAUGAAACAAAAAGACAAGCAACCAAUGUAUGCAAAGUGAUAUUGAAGCAUAUUCAAGAAGAAGGAGCUCCAGAGCCUUCAGAAUCUGAAGUGAAAUAUGCAGAAGUGUAUAACAAAUAUGUGAAAAUGGAGAACAAGUCAAUGUAUAACAUUUAUGAUUUAUUUGGAAGAAGCCUUUUAGAAAAACAAUUCGACACCAUUUGUGGAAUUAUUACUAAGGAUUAUUUAUUUAAAGGGUUCAACUCAGAAAGCUUAAUUGAACUUCUGAAAAAAGAAAUGGCUGACUCAACAUCAAUAAUUUUUAGACCUGACUUUGACGAUUUAUAUUGUGGAGUUGAUCAAACAGAAAAGUCUUCUAAGAGAUCUAAAAAAGCAGGGAAAACUCCAGCUGCAAUGAGAUCAAAAGAACAAGCAUCAACUACUCCAGAAAUUAUAUCGGAUGAAAGAACGUCAAAGGUUCUCAUGACCACCAUCUCUGAUGAAAUUCUUGGCCCAGAAUCCUCUCAUUCAUCACUCAAAAAAGAAACAGUGAGUUCAGAUAUUCUGCAAUUUGAAGUAGUUUACAAUGACGGUAGUAUUGAAAGUUUAGAGAAAUUGUUAGCGGCCAAAAACAUCUUUGGUAAGCAGCUACCUAAAAUGCCCAAAGACUACAUAGCGAGACUAGUUUUUGAUAGAAGUCACAGAGCAAUUCUUGGAUCUAAGGAAGGGAAAAUUGUUGGAGGCAUUAGCUUCAGACCAUUUUUCACUCAAGGUUUUGCAGAAAUUGCAUUUUGCGCUGUCACAGGUAACGAGCAAGUCAAAGGUUACGGUACAAGACUCAUGAACCAUCUCAAAGACUAUAGCCAAUCCAUUGGUGUAUUCCGAUUCUUAACCUAUGCAGAUAACUACGCCAUUGGUUACUUUAAAAAACAAGGUUUCACAAAAGACAUCUCGCUGGACGAGAAAAGAUAUAAGGGCUACAUCAAAGAUUAUGACGGAGGCACUCUCAUGGAAUGUGUGAUUCGAGCAGAUAUUAACUACUUGGAUGUACCUCUAAUGCUGAGAAAACAAAUCGCAGCUGUAAAUCAAAAGUUAGACACCAUUUGCAACUCCAACAUUAUUCAUCCAGGACUAUCUGUGUUCAAGAAGGGAGAAAAGAUUUCGAAUCUUAGAGACAUUCCUGGAUUGGCUGAGAGCAAUCACGUGAUAGAUCCAAAGGCCUCUCAGCUUCAAAAUAUCAUGCGAGAAGUGUUAGAAAAGGUAAAGAAAAACGAGUAUUCCUGGCCAUUUCUGGUACCUGUGGAUGCAAAUGAGGUUCCAGAUUACUAUGAUGUUAUUAAGAAUCCAAUGGAUCUGUCUUCGAUCGAGCAACGAUUGAAUAGUGGAUAUUAUAGAACUAAGGACAUUUUUGUGUCAGAUUUUAGGCUCAUAUUUGACAAUUGUCGAACUUAUAAUGCAGAAACCACUGAAUACUAUGAAUGUGCAAACAAAUUGGAAGAAUAUUUCAAGUCCUUACUGAAAGGUGCUCUCGGCAAGUAA